UAGUUUGAGCCCCUUUAAAAUAUAGUAGGAUCCGAGUUUUAGGGUUUUGGGUACACAGGGAAAGCAAGAAAGAGAAAAACAAAUGGCGAAAAGUUUCAACGAAGUUCAGAAGCAGAAGAGAGUACAAAGGGCAGAGAGAAAAAGAGCGAAUCAUGGAGAUCCCGCAACUAAGAAGCUUAAGCACAAAUCCCAACCACUCUCCCUCUCUGGCAAACGUCAGCGCAAGCUUCUCAAGAAAUGGCGCAGGGAGCAAAAGGAGGCCAUCGAAAAGGGUUUGGUGACUAUGGAAGAUGUGGAAAUGGUGGCUGCUGAAGGUACAUCUCAAGAUGCAGGCACAUCCCAAGAUGCCAACAAAGUGCCUCCAAAAUUUCACAUGAAGAAGAAUUUGAAGGUCAAACGCAUAAAACGAAAAGGAAAAGCCAAGAGUCCUAAGCAAGCCAUUGAAGCUUCCGGAGAUGCCAUGGUAGAAUAGAUUGAGAUGAAAAAAAUAAAAAUCAAACUCAAAUUUUGUGAACUCAAGCUAUUGAUGGGCUGGAGAACUCGAUACUAUAGCAUGUUGUUGUGUAGAGAUAGGUUUUUGAAGGAAAUUUGAUACCUAAUGCAUAUCGUUUCAUUUGUAA